AUGCCGGAAAAGACCACAUUUUCUGGCGAAAAUCCGUAUAUCCUGAGCAUCAAAGACUUUGGUCCCAAAUUUGAUGAACUUGUUCCAGUUGCCCAAGUCAAAGAAACAUCGUCAGGUUCUCUCGUUGCCGAAUACGAUUGGACGGUAUCCAACGUCAGACACCUGCUCCAACUCUCCCGCUCCCCCCACGGUGACACAGUACCCGGACCCGAGUUCUACACGGGCAAACCCGGGUACAAGCUGCGCCUGAGCCUGACCACGGGUCGCGUGAACCCCACCGACAACCAACCUUACCUCGGCGUCUGGUUCCAGCUGGUUCCUGGAGUCUUCGACGAGGUACUGGAAUGGCCCUUCCAGCACACCAUCAACCUGACCCUGAUGGCCAGGGGUCAUGUCCUGGUCGGCCAAGAACAGUCUGUCCACUUGUCCUUGAAUCCGAUGACGGCCAUCUGUCGGCUGAGGAAGCAGUUUCUGAGGCCACGGAACCCGAUUGGGAGAGGGGAUGGCUGUGGCAAGGCGUUCUUGAUUUCGCACAAUCGCCUGCUGGGGAAGGAGGGAGGACCGACUCCUUUCCUUCUGGGCGAUGAGAUGCUCCUGAGGGCGACAAUCUUUCUGCAAGGGAGCGCCUCCACCCCCAAGAGGGCGAAAGUGUUCAUGCGAGGACAUCAACUGGUCUCCGAGUUCUUGUGGGAGAUUCCAGACAUCGACAAAAAGCGUGCCCUGGGCCAAGUGACAAGUGACCUCUUCUACGUAAACAGCGAGAGCUACCUGAUGGUACUGCAGUUAUCCUUCAGUGGCGAUGACGUCGGCCUCUUCGCAACUCUAGUCCCAGGGGACUUCGACGACUCCUUACAGUGGCCCUUCCCCUACCCCUUUGAGUUGUCCGUCGUGGACCCCUCCCCUAGUCACAACGACCGCAGGGGAGGAGUGGACCCCUCAUCUGGGACAUGUCCACCAGCGGCUUUCGCCAAACCUCGAUACCAGCCCAAUGUUCCUUGCGGAUUCAGGAAACUGAUCGCAUAUCCGCUGCUAGAAUCCAAGCACCUGAAGAGGAAUGGGAGUCUACUAGUCAAAUUCUUGGCGGUCCUCGACCAGAUGCCUAACUUCGCCAAGUUGGCGGUCAGGAACAACCACCUGGUGGCGGAGUACAAGUGGAGGGUGCCAAACAUCGAGAGGAAGAUGCAACUCGCUCAGGCAGACAGACUCAGCAACCUGCUGAGCGAGAGGUUCUAUUCCUCGGACCAGGGCUACCUCUUGCAGCUCCAGAUCAAGUUCCAGAACAAGACGGACGGCUUCCUGGGGCUCUUCCUCACCCUCCUGGAAGGCGAGUACGACGCCCUGCUGGAGUGGCCCUUCUCCAGGCGCUUCUCGCUCUUCGUCGUGGACCAGCAGGAUUCCGGAGAAGACCUGGAGGUGCCCGUGGACCCUGCGGACCCCUUCAUCCGCACUGAGGCCUGUUCCGGAUCCUUCUGGAGGCCGUUCGGUAGGAACGAUGCCUGCGGCUCGUCGAAUGCUGUGCAUUAUGAUCAACUGUACGAGAGGAAAUACAUUCGCUAUGGUGCCAUCCAGUUGAAGGUGGUGAUUUUCCUCGACGAAAUCCGACCUCCUCGGUUCGCUACCUUGACCGUCCUCGAGAACUUCCUGGUGGCCAGAUACGAGUGGCUGGUGCCGGACCUGGAGGACAAGAUACGCAGGACCAGGCAGGGCCGGAUGCCGUUCGUGGACAGCGAGAAGUUCUACCUCUCCAACAACGGAUACCGGAUGAUGCUCCGCCUCUAUCCGGAGAAGGCUGCCGGAUUUGUGGGGCUCUACGCCGUCCUCACUCGCGGGGCCUACGAUGACGAACUCAAGUGGCCGUUCGGACACACCUACCGGCUGGAAGUCGUGUCCAAUCACGGGUCGAUCUCGAGGACCACCUAUCCGGGCACGCCGGGAAGCGGCUGUCCGGACAUAGCCUUCCAGAAACCGGACCGCGAGUUAGCCGAGUGGAGUUGUGGGGAGGGGCAUAUGGUGGCACACGAGACCCUGCUGCGCGGGGACACGCCCUAUCUGGAGGAAGGGGGCGGGGUCAGGUUUUCGGUGACGGUUUUCCUGCAGGAGCUGGCCCCUCCCAUCGCCUCCCUCGCCCUGGAGAGGAGUGGUCUUGUGGCGAGGUACUCUUGGGUGGUAAAGGGGGCGUCGGCCGCCUUCUCGCUCCUCCGAACACGAGAAAAAACGAGACUGGAGAGUCCAGUGUUCUACAGCGAAAACCAGGGCUACGCCAUGAGACUGUCCCUGUCUCUUGGCCGGUUGCCCAAUUACAGGAACUCUGUGGUGACAUCGGGGGAGGAGGAUGAAUCUCCGCAGGUGGUCGGACUGUUCUGGAGUCUGCACUCGGGGAUGCACGACGACGUCCUGGAGUGGCCUUUCAAGCGGACGGUCACCCUGAGCUUUUCGGACGUGAGGGGUGGAAGGCACCUGGAGAAGGUAAUCGAUCCCACCCACAGCAAGUGUCCUUCGGAGGCCUUCCAGAGGCCCCUUGGUGCUCACAACGAACACUCCUGUGGCUUUUCUUCCCUCGUCACCCUGGAGACGUUGCUGGGCGCUUAUGUGCAUGGUGACGCUCUCAUUGUGAAGGCUUCGGUGGUACUUUGA